AUGGCAACCAAUGGCAAAGACGGAUGGGCUCUCUUGGAGGCCAUCAACAAAACCGACCUCUCCACCUUGAGAUCGUUGCUCAAUUCCAUGUGCCAAAGCUCUGAGGAGUGCUACAAUGAAGCCGCCAAGCGACUUCUGGUGCCUGUGACCAACAGGAAGCGAGCGGCCGAGCAGGAGCCAGACGACUCCACCAAAAGACAGAAGACUGUGGUGUCCCGGUAUGAGAAGUGCAUCACCUGUAAGGAGGUCUUUGACAUCACCGGGAACGGCGAUGAUGCUUGCAAAGCACACGAGGGCGACCUAGUGGUCGACCCCGAGCAUUUUCCGGACGACGACGAUAUAAUGGGCUACUCGGGGAUUGAGGUCGAUCCAUACACCGAUUGGCGUCGUGAAGAAUGGCCCGACGGCUUUUACUGGACGUGCUGUGAUGAACGCCUGCACGGCAAGUUCUGCAUCGUGCAGAAGCACAUUCCUGAUACGCGAUCGGCGUUGGCGCAAAUAACAUCAGACCAGACGCCAGGCAGCAACAGCAUGCGAGCAUAUUGCCUUGUCCUUAUUACGCUCAUCGCGGUUGGAGUCUCUGCGCAGCCAACGGAGGACUCCACCGUGAAUGCGCUCAAAGGCCCAGUCUCUGGCCCCGACGAUGAUCUCGGAGGCUCAAGCGGCUCGGCUCCUCAUGAGCCCCUGAUUUAUCCAGAUCCAUCCAGCAUAGAUAAACGCGGCCUUGACCCGCGUUUCGAUAUUGGCGGCGUGAGCAUUGACCUCGACUCCCUCUCGACCCAGGUCUAUGACAAGGUCAAGGGUGAAGUGGGCGAGGCCAUUGACAGCGCCAGGGAGGGACUCAACGAAGCCAUCGACGCGGCUCGGAAAGGCCUGGAGGAGGCCCGCGACGCCGCCAAGAAGGUGCUGGAUGACAUCAAGAACGCCGUCGAGGAGGUCUGGGAGAAGAUCAAGGCCAAGGUGGCCGAGCUCGAGAACCAGAUCAUGACGGCCGUCCACGACUGGGUGUGGGAGUACAUCCUCUGGCCGCUGAUCAAGCUGCUCAUCAUCAUCCUGGUCCCGUUCGUGCUCCUGUUCCUGUGGUGGGCGCUGCACCUCGUGGCCAAGCCCUUUGUCCGGGAGCUGGAGAUCAGCUUCGAGAUGCAGGACAUCCGGGACGGGGCGGCCGCCGACAAGGGCGAGCUCCCGCCCCGGCCGCGCGCCAGCAGCCGCGGCUGGGCGUACUACGCGGUGCGGAGCUGGGAGCGCUACGGCCAGGGGCUCAUCUGCUUUGCGUGUCCGUGGAUCGGCAACUGGAUCCUGUGGAAGAGCCGCAACAAGAUGAGCAAGGAGGUCGAGAAGCUCCGGGCCGAGGUCAACUUCUUGAUGAAGCGACAGGCGCAGAGAGAGGUGCAGGCGAGACAGAAGCCGAUUGUUGGAGCGGCCGGGGCCUAUUUGUAA